AAAAAAAUCAGAACAGAUUGGACCAAGAACGCAACAAAAUGAAAGUUUUGGACCACUGGUGCUAGUCCAAACCUUUUUGGACCAAAGUGGCAAUUUUGAGCAAACCAGAGGGACCAUUUGUGCAGUUUAGUCUUUGCAAAAAUAUAGAAGUUUUUGUUAUAUGCUACUUGAAGUAGCUUUCGGGUUUGAAAUUUUUUGUUUAAAGUAAAAGCUAAAAGGUUUUGCUGACAAACGAAGUGUUUUGUUUUAGAGCUUUUUCUUAACAACUAAAAACAAAAAGCUCCCAAAGCCAAGCCCUAGACGUUGGUUUUCAUAUUAUUAUUUUCAAAUUGCUCAUCCAAAGUCCAAACUUAUAUUUUGCUUUCAAACAAUAUACACGAAUUAACUGGUUCAUUAUACAGGGUUUGAUAAUUCUCACAUUCCUAGCUCGAUCACCCUACCUCAAACCCCCACCAUGUGACACAUCCAAACCCCUUCCUUGCAUACAAGUUCAUGGUGGAAAAGCCUCCAUGUUGUUCUUAGGUCUCUACCUUAUGGCUAUUGGUGUCGGGGGGUAUAAAGGGAUCAUUACCUUUUACCAGCACUAGGAGCGGAACAAUUUGACGAAAAUACCCCCAAAGGAAGGAAGCAAAGAUCAACCUUUUUCAAUUAUUUCAUAUUUUGUUUAUCAUGUGGUGGUCUAAUUGUUGUCGCCUUGGUGUUAUGGAUCGAAGAUAAUGUAGGGUGGCAAUGGGGUUUUGGCAUUUCAACCAUAGCCAUCUUGUUGUCAAUUGUUAUCCUCCUUGCUGGUUCGGCUUCUAUCGUUGCAAGGUACCCAAUGGAAGCCCUCUUGCAACCAUGUUUAAGGUGGUGUGCGCAGCAUCUCUGAAUGUUUCUAAGGUUGCCAACUCCGAUGGCCAACAGACGAAAGAGAAUGAGACGGACAGACCAAGACUUUCGAACACCCUCGAGUGGUUAAACCGCGCGGUUGAAAACAAACCAGCCAAUAGAUUACUUGCGUGCUCUGUUCAAGAGGUAGAAGAUGUCAAGAUCAUGCUGCAAAUUCUUCCUAUAUUUGGUUGCACAAAUGCACCAUUAUACUUAAUUGCUGUUUAGCUCAACUCACUACGUUCUCCGUCCAACAAGCCGCCACAAUGAACACGAUGCUUGGCUCGUUCAAAGUCCCACCUGCGUCGCUACCUGUUUUCCCAAUCGUCUUCUUGAUGAUCAUGACACCACUCUGCGAUCAUAUUAUAAUCCCAUUUGCACGAAAAUGGAAAAAAACUGAGAUGGGUGUGUCUCAUCUCCAAAGAAUUGGCUUGGGUCUAUGUUUCUCCAUUUUAGCCAUGGCUGUCGCAGCUCUAGUCGAGAUCAAACGCAAGAAAGUUGCCAAAGUUGCGAUGGUGGUACCAUUGCCUAUUUCGUUCCUGUGGAUUUCGUUUCAGUAUUUGUUUUUGGGAUCUGCUGAUCUUUUCGUGUUGGCUGGAUUGAUGGAGUUUUCGUUUACAGAAGCGCCCGUUAGAAUGAGAUCUUUGGCUACUUCGUUUUCUUGGGCGUCUUUGUCCAUGGGUUAUUUUCUUAGUGGCGUGAUCGUCUCGGUUGUUAAUGGUGUUACUGGCGCCAGAUACCACCGGCAGCCAUGGUUGUCCGGUGCGAACUUGAAUCACAAUCAUCUUGACAGAUUUUACUGGUUACCGAGAAAUUAAAUUGUUUUUAUGCCUACU